AUGGGCUCGCUGGCGACGGUCCCGUACUGGCACUACAACGUGCCCGUCGACCAAAGGACAGCCGAGUGCCCCCCCUUCCUCCUCCACCUCAACGACAAGGACCGCCGCAUCAUAGGGUCCCCCGACGCCGCCUACACCCUGCUCACGUGGGAACGAGUCUGCGCCAUCGUCGCCGCCAACCGCCUCGACCUCUUCCAGCGCAUCCCCUCGGACCUGCGGCGCUACAAGGCCUUUACCCACGCGCUGGCCAAGCGCCACGGCUCCGUCGCCGACUUCAUCCUCAAGGAGCGCCUGCGGUGGCCGGGGCCCAUCAAGCCCAGGGGCCGCCCGUUUCAGUGCCCGGACGACGUCAAGAUCAUCUACAACGAUUGGCCCUAUGGCCUAGACAAGCGCAUUGUGCACCUUGUUGUCUGGACAAAGUUUGAGCUUUGCGAGGACCAGGCCACCGGCGACUUGACCGACACGGCCCGGGCCGAGAUUGAUGCCUUUGUGGCCACCACGUUUCGGUCCGGGCUACAAUCCAGCCAGGUCAUGUGGUUUAAGAAUUGGUCGGCCCUCAAGUCCAUCCAUGCCGUCGAGCACUUUCACGUCAUGAUGUUCGAUCCCGAUCCCGACUUCAUCCGGGACAUUACAGACAGCGACGUGCCGCAAUGCGAGAAGCCGGACCUGUGA